CUUUUGCAGCAGAGGCAGGGCGAUGUCAGGAAUCCUGAGGCUGAAUGACAGGAUUCAGGUUUGCAUUGCAGCAUGCGUGUCCCAUCAAGCCUUUUUAUAUGGAGGGCAGCUGUAGGCUUGCCAGGGAUUGCUGCUGCUUGUCUCUUCCCUUGAUGAGCGCAAUGCCUGCUGUGAGGUAACACUGACGUGUUGCAAUUCCCAUGCACGGGCUGGAGGGAGUUCUUGCUGGAGCUGUUUGCAAGUCAGCACUGAAGCCUGCUAUCAUUUAGUGUGGCUUUCCUGCGUCUUCAUUUCUUGUUUUUAUUUUGAUUGCAAUAUAUUUCUUAUAAAUGCUUAACGACACCUUUGAUUCUUUUGACUAAACUUACUGAUCUUUAAUACCUGUGCUAGCUUUGGGCAGUGGGUUCUGGGCUGUAAAAUGAAGCCUGGUUGGUUCUGACCUCCUGGGAAUACCUGCCUGACUCUGGUCCCUCCCUCUGCUUGCAUACUGCUGCUGAUUUUAUAAUCAGGGCAUAAAGAGGGGUGUGGUAAUUGCUGUGCGUAGGUGUCAGUUCUCACUACUUCUCCCAGCUGUUCCAAGAUUCCUCAGUCUGGGAGAAGCACGGGAAAUAACCAGCACUGUGGACUGUCUUGGGAACAGCAUGGCGAGCAAGUGGAGAGGCUGGGUGCUGAUCCUCUCCGUGUGCUUGGGGUCCUACCAAGGUAAGGUCAGGCCUUGUGCGUAGGGCUCUUUCCUCAAGAGAGCUCAGAAAGUGCUUCUGAACCCCAAAACUAUUCCAAGCUAUCUUAAGCGUGUUUCCUCCUCAUAAAGGAUCGGAAAGGUUCAAACUCAGUAGCAUGCUUCCUUGUCCUCUGGUUUUGGGCACUCUCCAAUGGGUUGUGCUUUGUCUCCUGUUCACUUGGAAUCGACUGUUCUGGUUUUUGCCCUGAAUGGUGAUUUUUAAGAGCAGAAAAUGAUUCCCGUAGGAGCCAGCAGAGCUGGUGUUUUGUAGGGGCUCAAGGGGAAUGGAGGAGAUGAGAUUGAAGAGGAUGAGUCAACGUGGAAUCUCAACAGCUUGGCUGCUGCUCUCUAUGCUGGGGCCUGGAUGUGGAUGUGUGCUGUGGGAGCCAUUGCUUGUGUGUGCUAUUCUGGUUUCCCACAGUACAGCUGUCUCUUGGGUUGGGGGUAGGGAAGCAGGAAGACUUUUCUGCUGAGCUUCCUGGCUGGGUCUUGGUGAGCUCUGGGUUACAGGGUGCAAUGUUGGAGAGCUCCUGGAGCCUUCACCAGUAGGGCUGUAGGAGCAGAUUGCUCCAGGCAGCAGAAGGCAGAGGGGUCGUGCCCAGUGAUCCUUGCUGACGGGGAGGGAAGAGGGUUGGAAGCACUUAGAAGAAAAUUCCUUGGGGAAGCCACAGAGCUCUGUAGAUGCAGGAAGGUGAACUUAAGAUCUUUUGUGCACUUAUUUUGGCCACCCUCCCCUUGGGCUUCACAAUCUGUGCUGUGCUGUCCCUGUGCUGGAGUUGUGCUCCCCAUAUGGGACGUGCUGGGGGGGGCACGGGCUACUGGGAGCUUCCUUACCACCAACAGGACCAGCAGGAAAAUUUACCUGUGUGCUCAGCAUGUUGGAGCCAGCCUGUGGUGGGAGGGAGUACAGCUCUACCUUCCACAUCUUCACCAACUCCUCAUUUCCUCAUUCCUGGAGGGUUUUCCCACCAGCACUGUUAAUAUCACCUCUUCUUGGCCAGAUCCUUGGAUGGUUUGGGGGAAAAGCUGCAUUUGGGGAGUGCAUUGCUGGCUGGUAACUGGGGCGCAGGGCCCACGUGCCACCCCCAGGCUUGCACCACAACCGGUUCUCCGGGCUCAGCCGGCUCAGCUGUGGAACGAAUGCUCCUCCGCGCCCUGCAAUGUGCUCAGGGCACAGCAGUGAUCCCAUCCCUACUUGUCCUUCAGAGGGCAUUUCCCACCUGGGGACCAUUUGUGUGGUUGGUCUCCAGCCUGGUGCUGGUAGAAGUGCCCAUGUCUGUGGGUCAGUCGGUUCAUAUCUGUUGGAUUAGGUGGGGUUGUGUCUAUGGGUCAAGCUGGGCCAUCCCAAUGUGCACACUCAGUGUUUUUGGGUUGUGUGGUGCCUGCAACACCCCUUCCGUGCUUACUCAGCAUCUCACAGGGUGAGCUGGUGACCCAAUAUCUGUGAAAACAGUGAUUAAAAUGGACAGCUGUCCAAUCUGGGAGGAUGUGGCAGGUGGGAAUGGAAUCUUAGGCCACUUCAUGCUGGGGCUGCGCACCCACCUUUCCUAACCCUGGCAUCAUAUUUCUGUGUGCAAUCCUGUUUUCCUUCAUCAAAGGAGCAUCAAGAGGGAGAACUGGCUUAAAAAAAAAAAAAGGGUGGAUUUUGCUGGGGGAAAGCAUCAGUGCUCCUUUUUCUGCCACGUAGAUGUAUGUAUCAUAAAUAGAUAUUUUUAUAUAUAGUAAGCUCAGAAACAGCCUCAGGUUGCAAUGCUUUGUCUCUUUUCUCUUAAAUGGGGCUGCCCCUUAGCUCUUGUCUGCCUUGCUGUUCCUGUUCAACACACCGUUGCUGUACCUACAUCAGCUGAUGCAGUGAGUGUGUGCCUGUGUGGGACUAUUCCAUGGGAACAGUCCCUGUCGGACCCACCCUGCCCUGGAGCAGCGCAGCAGCACUGCAGAGAGCUAUGCUAGCACUUUUGCUGCAGAUGCAGUUUGUGGGGGGAUGCUGCUUGCCCUGUUGUGCCUGCACAGAAUGCAUCCUGACGUGUGGAGGUGGCAAUUAAACACUGAUGGUGGGAGGUGCUUAUCAGGUGGCGUUACACCAUGCCUGGCCUGAGCGAGAGCGAUGCUGUCACCUCUGUAUUAUUCAUUUUGCAAGAUUUAUGAGGGUUUUUUUUACGGUGACGCCUUACCAGGUGUAUUCAGCUCUCCAGGCUGUGGGUGCCUCACAUUCACUGUGAUUUGAAGAUGGGAGGAAGCUGCUGUGAUGUGUGCCUGUCCUUAUUGAGGGCAAUAAAUGAUGUUGCAAAAGGAGAAGGAGGCAGAGUUGGGGCUGAGUGAGCUUUGGGUGUCAGCAGCAAGUGGCAGAGAUAAAAUAAUAGUAAAUGAUGCUAUUGUGAAAGCUGAGGCGAGUCAGGGCAGGAGGAAUGAGCAGCAUAGCAUUGCUCCUUGCUGCCUUUGCAGCUGGGGAUGGGAUUGGAUGGAAUGGGAAGCAAUGAGAUGGAUAGGAUGCAAUGAGACAGUAUGUGAUGGUAUGAAAGAGGGUGUGAUGGAAUGGGAAGAGAUAAGUUAGGAUGCAAUGCAAUGAGAUGGAAGGGGUGGGACAGGAGGUGAGAUGAAAUGUGAUAGGAUGGUUGAGAUGUGAUGGAUAGGAUGGAGUGGAAUGGGAUUGGAUGAGGGGGGAUGCAGUGAGAUGGAAUAGGAUGAGAUGAAAGGGGAAAGAGUGGGAUGAGAAGAGACAAAAUGUGAUGGGAUUUGAUCUGAUGGAAUGAGUUAGAAUGAGUUGGGAUGAGAAGAGAUGGGAUGCAAGGAGAUGGGAAGCAGGCUGGCAGUCCAUGGUUUGGGGGUUAUGCCACCUUAGGGAUCCAUGUGUGUGCUUGGGUGCUGAUGUUUCCCUCUCCUUCCCCAGCUGGGGCCAGCCCCCUGCCUGAGUGUGGCGAGCAGCCGGAGGAGUGGUGCCGUGAUGUGGGGACGGCAGCCAAGUGCGGGGUGCUGGAGCUGUGCCGUCUCACUGUUUGGGACCAACCAGUAGGGAAAGGGAUCCCAUGCCACCUGUGUCAGGUGGUGGUGUCCAUGAUGGGGAAGAUCCUGCAGGACAACUGCACUGAGGAAAAGCUGCGGCUCUUCUUGGAUAAGAGAUGUCAGUAUCUGCCCUUCCAGGACUGGUCGGUCAAGUGCAAGAAGAUGGUGGACACUGGUGUCCUCAUCCUGGCCCAACUGGGCAAGCAAGUGCUGUCGGACCCAAAGGUGGUGUGUGGCACUAUCAAGUUGUGUCAACCCCGGGGGGGCCUUGAAGGGGCCCUGAAGUUCCAGGAACAGCCACCAGCCCCUGCUGACCCCGCACAGGACUUGGCCCAACUGGCUGUGCCCUUCAUCAAUGGCGUCCCGCUCCUGCUCCAGCCCCAGGACCCACCGCAUGCCCAGGACACUGGGGACCUGUGUGAGGAUUGUGCCCGGCUGGUGGCAGCUGUGCAAUUGGAGCUGAGCAAUGGGGCCAUCACUGCUCGCUCACUGGUGGCCCGCGCCAAGGAGGAGUGUGAGGGCCUGGGGCCCGUCCUGGCACAGAGGUGCAAUUACUACCUGGCCAAGUAUGCAGACACAGCUGCCUGGAUGCUCCAGUACUUGCUGGCUGAGGACCCGCGGCAGCUCUGCAGCAUGCUGGAGCUCUGCCCCACAGCAGACCCAGGACCCCUGCAAACGCUGCUCUCCGAGAAGAUGGCCCAGCUCCUGGGCACGCUGCUCUCCAAUACGGAGGCCACGCCGCUGUGUGAGAUGUGUGAGUUUGCUGUGCGGGCGGCUGAGAGUCUCCUGGAGAACAACAUGACGGAGGAGCAGCUGGUGAACGACAUUGAGAAGGUGUGCUACAUGCUGCCGCACAGCGUCAUCGGGCAGUGCAAGGACUUUGUGGAUUCAUAUGGCAAGGCGGUGGUCAUCAUGCUGCUGGAGGCCACCGACCCGCAGGCUGUGUGCACCAUGCUGCAUGUCUGUCCGCGCCAGGGGGCGGCCCGGGGGGCAGAGCUGGGGGCAGGGCUGGGGGCAGCACUGGAGCCGGCUGCUGGAGCCUUCUGCAACGUCUGCCAGAUCUUCAUCACUUACCUGGAUAACGAGCUGCUGAAGAAUGAGACGCUGACGGAACUGAGCGCUGUGCUGGAAAAGGGCUGUGAGCUGCUGCCCGGCCCACUCACCAGCACGUGCGAGGCGCUGGUGGUGCAGUAUGAGCCAGCAGCUGUGCGGCUCCUCGUGCAGAUGAUGGAUCCUGACUUUGUCUGCACUAAAAUCCGAGCUUGUGACUCAGAGCUGACCUCAGCCCCCUGUGCUCAGGGACCCGACUACUGGUGCAUCAGCAUGGCCACUGCCACCGAGUGUGAAGUAAGUGACAGUAGCAAUCCUCCUGCCUGCUGCACACCCCGCAGUGGUGCAGCUCCCAUCUGCCCCAUCUCUCUCUGCAGGCUGUGGAGCACUGCAGGCAGCAUGUAUGGAACUAGGAGCAUGGAACAUCUCCAUCCUGGACCCUCCCCCCCCCUUGGGAUGCAGCCACAGCACCAGGGAUGGGGUGUCCCGGAGGCUCCCUCCCAGGCUCUGGGGCACUCCAGCCCACUCUGCUUUCUUCUUUUCCGCCCCUGGGGCUUGGAUUUUUGGAUCAGGUUAAGGGAUUUUGUCGUCUUGUUGGAACUGGGAGCUCAGCGGUAGGCUUGUUUCAACGUACCCCCCUUAUGCUAUCCGCUGAGUGAAGACCUUUGGUUAUCCCCUUUCACAUUCCACCCAGAACUGACACCAAAGCCACAAUCGGAGCAACUCCAUGGACUGGGAUGGGCUCUGCUGCUGCAGCGCUGGUCCCAGUUUGCUGGUGCUCUAACACCAUGGGUCCCAUGUGAUUUUUGGUAAGACCUUUGCAAGUCUUAGUCCCAGCUGGGGCAGCUUUUUAAUUUGACUUUUUCCCCAUGGUCACUAGUUAAAGAAACAAAGCAGAUUCCACGUGCCUGGCUUUGCAUGACUUCUGCAGUAGAUGAAUGUUGCAGGGGGGAGAAAGAAGACAUAGGCUGGGAUAGAAACAUGCAUGUGUUUUUAUAUAUAUAUAAAUAUAUUACAUAUGUUUAUAUAUACGCAUAUCUGUUCUGUGUGUGUGUAUAUAUAUACAUAUGUAUACAUGUUUAUGUGUACAUGUAUAUACACAUAUAAAUACAUAUAUUUAUGUAUAUGUAGAUAGAUGGACACAACCUUGUCCCUGCUGCUGUGUAAGGAUGGGCAUAACCUGCAGAAGGAUGCAAACCCAGCACUGCAGGGCCAGCAUGUGGGGUUCCCUGGCUGCAGGGAGGCAUGUGAUGGUAUCCCCAGCCCCGUGCAUGGAAUGCAACAUGGAGUCACCUUCAAUCCACUGGCAUGGGAGCCUUUCUGGAAUAUAUAUAUAGUGUGGGUAUCCCAUGAACACACAAAUGAGUGAGUUUGGGGUUUCCUUCCCAGCAACCAUUUCUUGCAGGGGAUCCUGAUGUCAAAGUGUGGUGAUGAGGCAGUGGUGUGCUGGCUUGUCCCCACUAUACCACCAAUAAACACCUCCAUCAGCCUGGCUCUUGUCUUCCUUCUCUUCUAUGCACCCUGGUUGCACCCUGGUCGUGCUUGUGCAGUGUCAUGUUUCUCCCCAAAAACCGGGCUCUAAGGGUGGGUGGAGGGAUGAAUUAAGAGAAUUAAAGGGCUUUCUUUUCAAAAGGUGGCUGUGAGAUAGUGAUCUUGUUUGCAGAGGAGGAAGAACGACAGCUUAACCAAAGCCAUAAGGAGUGUAUUUCUGAUUCCUGUAACAGACCAUUCCCAAAACUCUCCACAAGGUAACGGUUGGAAACAACCCCCAAAUGAACAAACCCGGGAGCCAAAGAGAAGGGGAGGACGAGGGGAAGAGGGUACACACAAACAAACAACAGCCAGAAGCCUGCUAUUGUCAGUCUCUCUCUUUUGACCACAUCGUAACACAUUUUGGUAAAGCCAGCAAAAUGGAGAAAUGUCUUCGGUUGGGUCUUUCCCUGCUGGAAAGGUGACAACAAGCAGUAAUGCUGGGUGGCUUUGGGCCAUAGGUACCCACAGUUGAGGUGCAAUGGGCUUUGGUCCCAGCAUCAGUUUGUGUGGGGGACGCCUUGCUGUGGCUGUGCUGUUUUCGGGUUGCCUUCACCCUCAUCCAGCCUCAUAACGCUUGAGUUCAUUGCAUUCACUCAGCAUUAUU